AAGAAUUUAAUUAAUAAGAAGAGAAACAUAUAGAUUUCCGAGAUGGGAGCUAUGAGUUCUGUUAGUUCCUUAGCAUUAGUAGCCUUUGUGAUCGCCGGAUUUUUUAUCUCCGGCGAGUUAGUCUCAGCCCAGGGCUGCGGCUCAGCGGAUUAUAAGUACGUAAUGAUGCUAUGCUUAGGUUAUAUCGAGAAAGAAGGCCCCAAAAGCCCACCGUCGGGGGAUUGUUGCGAUAUUAUGAAAAGGUCUAAUCUCCGAUGUGUUUGCGAGGUCAUCACUUUGGUUAAGGAUGAUAGGCACCCAAUCAGCAGGGAUAAGAUGGUGUACGUUGCUAACUAUUGUGGCACAUCUAUUCCGCCGGGGAUCCCAUGUGGAAGUUAAACUGUUCCAAUGGGAUGAGAUGGAAAGGAGACCGAGUGAAAGGAUGAAAGAGUGGUUAAAUUUUUAUAAACUUUGGUGUAUAAGAUCAUAUAUACGUGUUAUGCUAUCAUGCUAGCUGAAAUAUAUGUGAAACCAAAUCAGUGCCUAAAUCCCAAAUAAAUAAACAUGGGUUGGAUUCAAGUUUA